GCCAACACAACAUAUGGUAAACACAUGUUAAUUUACGAGCCCUCGUCAAAAGAGUUCAAAACAUUACCAUAAAUACGCAAUCCACGCGACAGACAAAAUUAUUCUGAUUUUAGACGGUUUAGUUCCAACGAAGCACACAACAUUAAACUCAAGUAUCUAUUUGACUAUUGACCAAAAUUCUACAACGCAGGAACAUCAUACACCGAAAUAAAUCUAAACCAGACAAACGUCGCAACAUGUUAUUAUAAUCAAAGUGAAGAAUUUAGAACAUUUGCAAUCAUUAAUAGCGUUAAAAAGAGUGUUCCGUUGGAAAUUUUCACAGUAAAGCACGAAAGUUGACGUCCAAUAGGAAAAUUAAGAUAAAAUUCGUUCAUGUGAUGAUUAGCAAUUAGUUUUGCUCCAAUUGAAUAAAGUGAUUAUGUGUAUGAAAAGAAAUUCGUUGAAAUAGAUUCAAAAGACGUAGAAUAAAGACUAAAAAAUCUAAAUUGAAUUGUGACAUAAAUAAACUGAAGAAGAAAGAAUUGCACAAGCAAAAUGGACGCAGAUCGCAUACUGAAAAAGUGCGGAGACUUUGGCUAUUAUCAAUUGAUGAUGUUGGGCCUGUUUGGAGUGAUCAACAUUCUUUCGUCUAUACACUACUAUUCACAAACUAUCAUUAGCUUCGUUCCAAGGCACUGGUGUUAUCAUAAUGAUUUGGUAAAUAAAACGAUAGAUGAGGUACGCCACAUAUAUUCCAACUACACCGAUCCACAUUGUACGCCAUACAGAACAGAUGGUUUAAAUUACAAUUUCUUCGGUGUAAAUAACACCAAUGGGGAAACAUGCGAUAAAUGGAUUUACGAAUUUGACCAUGGAUAUCGAAGUAUGAGCAGUGAACUCAAUUGGGUCUGUGGUUCGGCGUGGAAAUCAACGAUAGGCCAAUCUAUGUUCUUCGUUGGCUCCGUGGUUGGUACGACAAUAUUUGGUACAAUGGCCGACUUGAUCGGCCGUCUUCCAGUACUUAUUUUCGCAAAUGUUAUGGCAUUAAUCGGGAAUGGAAUUACUGUUUUUUCAACAAACGUCCCAAUAUUUUCCAUAUCUCGUUUCAUCUCUGGAUUGGCUGUCGACAGCAACUUCUUAAUGAUGUAUAUUUUAGUGCUCGAAUAUCUGCGACCGUCAAUGCGAACAUUUGGAUUGAAUCUGUGCAUUGGCAUUUUCUACUGCCUUGGGUCGGUGGUGACGCCAUGGAUUGCCGUUUAUCUCGCAAGCUGGAAGUUUUAUAUCAUUUAUACCUCGCUCCCGAUCGCCAUCGUACCAUUUUUCUACUUCAUUUUGCCGGAGAGCGCGCAAUGGCUGAUAUCAAAAAACGAUAUUGAAGGCGCCAUUGUUUGUUUCAGGCGUGUAGCACGAUUCAAUGGACGAACCAUUGACAAUGACACCAUUGAAGCGUUCCGUACCCAUUAUCAGAAUCAAGCAGCUAAAAAUCCACAAACAGCCAGAGGACCGAGAUUUUUCGAUCUCUUUAAAACUCCACGACUUCGCAGAAAUACACUGAUUUUGUUCUUUAAAUCAAUGGUCAUUACGCUCUGCUACGAUGCAAUGUCUCGAAAUGUCGAAGGUCUCGGAGUGUCUCCAUUCGUAAUGUUCUCAUUGAGCGCAUCAGCCAUAUUCCCAGCAUGUUUAGUUUUACUGGCACUCCAAGAUCGAAUUGGCCGUAAAGCGAUGGCAUCAAGUUCUCUCUUGCUUAGCGGCAUCUUCACAUCCGCUAGCGGUAUCAUAAUUGUUUACAGUGGCGUGACAUCACCGGAUCUUUUGGUAGCGCUUUCUGUAGUUGGCCGUUUCGGUGUGACAGUCGCCUAUAAUUCAGCUGCACAGUACGCUACAGAGCUGGUGCCCACAUGUGUGAGAGGCCGAGGUAUUGCUAUUGUACACGUUACCGGCUACGCAUUCACAUUUUUCAGCGCGUACAUCUUAUACUUGUCGCAUUUCUUCUUGCCAUUGCCGUCACUUGUUCUUGGUGUUAUGUCAUUGAUGGGCGCGGCGUUGUGUCUAUUGCUGCCAGAAACGCUCAACCGAACACUUCCAACCACACUUGAAGAUGGCGAACGAUUCGGCGAAGGAGAGAAAUUUUAUCACUUUGCCUGUUUCGAUCGAGACGGUCUCACUGAAUCGACGACUGUUCUUCAUUCCGUUAAAAAUGAAGACAUUCAAACGAUAAACGGACAAAUGAAUGGGCAAGCAUAUGAACAUGAAGCACACCAAAAUGGUUAUCAACACGGUUAAACUAAACAAAAUCGCCAAAUAAUUCAUAUUGCCAACAGUAACUUACAUUAUUAUUAUACCUAAAUAUAUAUCUUUUUCGUGAGCUCGAUCAUUUAGAUGCUAGACUAUACUAUAUUCAUGCCAAAGUUAGAAAUGCCACUCAUUUGUUGAAUUGGAUUCGGUUGUUAGCUUUAAUUUCAUUCCUUUUUCUAUUGUAUUUGAACCCGUUAUUUUUUUCUCUUUCUCAGUUAAACCACUCGUCAUUCGACAAUAAUUUAAUAUAUAAUGAUCAUAAUAUUCGUUAUCAGCGAAUUCAAAGCACACAUAUCAUGUUGUGCAUUUUUUUCAAGCCAGUGAACAAACCAAAUAUAAAUAAAAUGUGAAAUACUUUAAAAUUGAAAACAUUUUUUAUUGCCGAUAACAAACAGAAAUGUUGAAAAAACAAUAUCCAAUUUGGUUUGAAUUAAUUUUAAAAAGAAAACAUCUGUCAUUUUGUUCGAUAAGUUUGUAGACCUAAGACCCUUUUCCAGAAAUGUGUGUGUAAUUUCACAGUGAUUUGUUUUUCUUACUUAAAGAAAAUAUAAAAAUUAAAAAUGAAAGUUCCUCAAAAACUCAAAAGUCAACAAAUAAUAAUUAACUAAAACGGAAUGGAUUCGAUAAAAUUUAGGCACUGUUCAGAAAUAUUGUUCAUAUGUGUGUAAGAGUCCGUCACCACGAAUUCCAUUUCAUGAUCUUCGAUUGAUAAGAUCACGAAUACCACGGUUAAAAUUGAGCGAGUACGCAAGCGACGGGUCGUUUAUUUGGAUUCAAUUGCUGUCUUUACUCUUUCGUUUUUUAGUUGCACCACCGGUGCCUGACGAUGAAUCACUAUCAGUCACUACGAUGCGCGUAUUUUUCGCGGUGUCCAAUUGAUUUUGCAACUUGCGCCGUUUCAUCGUCAAGAAAAUGACCCAACCGAAUCCAAUGAGAUUUCCAAUAAGCACACGGAACUACAAUAGAAGAAAUUUAAAUCGAUGAGUAUUUUUUUCAAUGUAAAUUUGUCUAAAAUAAAAUAAAACUUUUGAUUUCAUCCGAAAAAAAAAAA